AUAUAUGUGUGACGGCAGUAAAUAAAAAGGAGGGAGGCAAGCCACAUACAUGUGUGGACUGUAAUUGAAAAAAAGAAAAGCGGCAUAAGUGAGGAUAUGCGGCUGUUUUUUUAGAGCGAUUCCGAAGAGGGAUUUUCAUAAAAGUUUUGGAGGGCUUGUGGACUCAAGACCGUUAGCGAUCAAGAUUAUUGGGUGCGGUGUACGUGUGACUCGGCAAGUGAUACUUAGAACGUUGUGAGGAUUUACUACGUUUGGAUAUGUAUAUCUGUAACUGCACAAUGAUUAAUUAUAGUGAUUUAAUUAUUUCCCGUGAUUUUUACCUGGCCAUUCAGGGGUUUUCCACGUAUAUCUCUGCGUUUUAUGAUUGAUUGAUUGCGUAGUUUUUGCUGGUAGUAUUACUUGGUGAUUCGCAUUCAUGCUGUUAGGGUUUUUUUACAGAUUGUUAAGAUACCCUAAUUUUUCAAUUGGCAUCAGAGCGGGCUGCUCCUUCCAUUAGGUUUAAUUUUUCCUAAAGCAGAUCCAUCAUAGUAUGAACAUGAAUCACAUGUCUAGAAAUUUUCCUAUACUUGAUGCUGAUAAUUUUGAUUAUUGGAAAUCUAGAAUGAGGGCUAUAAUGAGAUUACCCGGUGAAGAAAUUUGGGACUCGUGUAUUGUGGGGUACACUCGACCCGUGAAAAACGUGAAAACUAUAGAGGAUAUUAGGAUAAGCCGGUUCAAAAAACUCAACUGGAGUUAUUGGACAAAGAAAAAGGUUUACUUAGGCUAACAAUUGUGCACUUGAUUUUUUAUUUGCUGCUGUUGAUAUAAAUGAGCACAGGAAAAUAGCUAACUGCAAAAUUGCGAAAGAGGCAUGGGAUAUUUUGGUUACUUGCCAUGAGGGGACAGACGUUGUAAAGCAGUCUAAGCUGCAAAGGCUUACCAUGGAGUUUGAGACCAUCAGCAUGCAGGAGGAAGAGACCUUCAAUCAAUUCUACUCCAAGCUCAUCGCCAUCGUCAAUAGCUGCGAGAACUUGGCGAGGGCUUUAUGCUAGUUGCAUGGUUAUACCGAGGUAGGUCCAUUCUUGACCGUUGAGCUUCUCGUACUAUAAAUACAAGAUAUCCACUGUACUGUCCCUUCAUCCAAAAAAAAGUUUCGAAACAAAUACUUUAGAGAGAGGGAAAGAGAGAGAUGGAGGAGAUGCGUGAGGCAGCAAUGGCUUAUUACGCGAACAUGUCCGAAGACCAACAAAAAGAGCUUCUGGAAUUCUACAAAUCAUUAGACACAAACGAAGACGGGAAAGUGAGCAUCCAUGAGUACUUGGAUUUCCUCGUACGAAAAGGCGUCACCCAACACGUGUCGCCAGAUCUGUUCAAACUCCUCGACAAGGACGACGGCGGCACCCUGGAUUUCGAGGAAUCCGUUACGUUUUUCUAUAUGUUCACGUGCAACAGGCUGGUGAUCUGUGCUGGGUGUCGGUCCUACUUGUGGGGCCUCCAUUUCCUAUGUGUCGAAUGUUACAAUGCUGACAAAAAGAAGACAUAUGAGCUGUGUUGUUCCUGUUAUCGUAACAAGAACUUCACCCAUGAGCACUCCUCUUUCAUGGACAACUAUGCUCUCCUCCGGACUGAACAAGCAAUGGACAAAUUGAAGAAGGUGGCAAAGGGCGGUGCUGAAAUCGCUUGGAGUUUUUUUAAAGCUUAUAACGAAAGUAAUUAAGAGGAAUGAUAAUGUUAAAAUUAUAGUACACAAAAAGACUUGUACCAUAUACAGUGUACAAGACUUUUAUACGCUGGAGUUUUGACACCAACAAAAAUAAUUUUAGCAUUAUUACUACCCGAAAUUAAAGCACAUGUCCCGUUAGUAAUUCUGCAUCUUACAACGUAUUGGGCCUUGGCCAUUUAAGUGUUUCUGGUUUCUUGGGCUUUGCCCGUUGGGUGUUGGGCUUGACCCAUUAGGUUUAUUGUUUCGGGCUUAGCCCACUAGGUGUUUAGGACUUUGUCCUAUUUGGUGUUGCCUUUUCAUUCAACCUGUGGUUGUAUUUCCCUC